UUUAUUUACAUCCAAUAAGCUAAAUUAUUUAAAUUGAGCGUAGUAGAUUAUUUUUUUCCCAUGGUUUAAAUUAGUACAACACGAAAUAAGAAUCAGCACUGAUGCAGUUUGUUGAUGUUCUGCAUUUUUAAAUAAUUAAUACUGGAUGUCCAAUAGCGCACGAUACAGCUAAGCGCCAAGAGCACAUUACUCGAAAUCUUACCCUGCAAUGAUUUUUCGAAAGAUAAAUGCGGAGUUUUAUGAUGUCGGGCCAACGCCUGGUGGUAAAAAGCCCAAAUUUAAUCCUCGAUCCGGCUUCGCUAGAUGCAAAGCUUCAAAAUACAAUGUUUCGCUCUGUGUUCUUGACCCAUUUAGCUGUUAGAUCAGGAUAAAUGAUGUAGUUUUUUACGAUCAGAAAAUCGUUCUAACAAACCGUUGACUUUCUUGAUUGAAAGAGUAAUUUUUCGUUGUUUUAGUGAGUAAGGAGGCCGCAAACGUAUCCUCAGACACGAACAACAUAUAGGUAUUUUGUAAACACAUAAAACUCACAGAGGCAUACGCUUGCACGACUCGCUUGAGCCUGUAACUUUUUACUGACAUGGCCUACAGGUCUAGGUGGACUGUGAUAGAUGGUCUUAGGUUCUUGGCAGUGUGUCCUCGCCGCAGUGCAAAAAUAGUCGUCCUAUAAAGAAUUUUCCAACUCCUUAUUCAAAUACGCUGCAUACCUUUCCUCUUGCUAUGUUAAUCAGAAAAGAAAAAACAUCAAAUUCAGAACGCUUCAAUGAAAUGUCUAAUACGUCUUCGCCAACCCAAAACGAUUGCCCAAAUUAAACCACUGCAAUGCAGACAAUUUGUUUCGUGCACAAUCCAUCUUUUUCUAUAGCUCUUAUCCUAAACUACGUUGCAUUACGGUGCCAGACGAAUCUCGCACAAGCGGUUUUUACUCGAAGAUGCUCGAAACAAAUAUUAAACAAUUUUUCUAUAUACAUUAUCAGUUCGUCGUAUACGAUGAACAUCGAGAGCUUCGUCUCGUACGUUACGCUGCUCGUAUGUAUGUGAGAAUUGUCAGCAAAUGUGCCAUGUUUUGCCAUAACGGAUAGUGCUUCCUGUCAAGGGCUGGAUUGGUCUGCUCAAUCAUGAAACGUAUUUAUGCCCUCUUUGUCGGGCAAAAUCAUGGCAGCCUCCCUUAUGCCAUAAGUGCUUUAGCUGCAGCGGGCGAAGGAUAGGAAGGUGAACUUUUACUGAGACUAUAUAUAGGCCAUUAAGCGUUGCUGGCAGAGCGUUCUUAAAGAUGUGGAUCGGUUCUAUGUUCUUGGGAAAGACGUUUGCCUGGUCGGCCUUCUUUACUUUAGUGCAUCAUUUCCAAAGCAGCAGAGGCCUGCCCAGUGGGGCUCCGUCAAUUGCGUGCUCAUCGAUGACACCGGUGCACUUCGCAUUUCAACCCCAGCCAUUGGACCAUUGUAAUUUUACCGUUCGGCAGUCGAAGUUACGCUACCGUUCCGGAAAUGACACGGUAACUGUAACGCUGACAGUUCAGAACGAAACUACACGAGAAUAUUUCAGAGGAUACCUUGUUAAGGCGCUCAACCCUCUGACCAAUCACGCGAUCGGACAAUUUCGUGAACAAUUUGACGUACGUCCUCGUCCCACUUGUCACGCUGCAACACACACGAACUCGAACAGCAAAAAUGAAGUUGUUCUCAGCUGGAUUCCAGACGAUGCGGAUGAACAGGCGAACUGGGUAGUAUUCGAGGCUACAUUUGUCGAAACUUUCCGGAAAUUUUUCGUGGGCGUGGAAAGCACCUUCCGUGGGAAGCCAGCGCGGGACGUCAUUCAAAAAGAGAUUGGGAGAAAAUCCCAUCGCAGCGAGACGGAAAGCGAACUAUCCACGAAAAGCAGUGAUAGCGAAGGGAAAAAACAUUCAGAACCGAACGCUAGUGAGCCAAGAGUCAUAGAUCAAUCUGACACGGGCAAAGAAAAACUACAGGAAGAUAGAACUUUUUGGUUUUGAUGAAUAGUUAAAACUGCAUAUAAGGCUCAAAGGCUAAAGCUGCGCGGAGCCUUUCGGUGGAAUCUGUUUGAAUCCGACGGUUGAGGAGAAGCUCGAAUCAACAUCCCAGGUCCAUCGAUAACAGGAAAUAGUAUAUUACCAAUAUGCUGUUACACCAAGACAUAUUUGCGACUUUGUUUUCAGUGUAUCGUCGCCUAUUUUCUCAUUGGCAAGUUUUGUCAUGCCGAGUAGAAGCUCAAAGAUAAUAGGGAAAAUUUGCUCAGUUUGCAAACGAUAUGUAACAUAAAUUAUAGAAUGAUGAGUUUAUAUGGAAAUCUUGGCUUGCGUGUUUCUGUUAUCUUGUAUUGUAAAAAGCAAAGCAUUGCAAUAAACAGAUACGUGUGACA